CCCAGGUACCGGAGGCCGAGGGAGAAGCCGGGCGGAGUUUCCAGAGGACCGAACCGGGCGCGCGGGGUGGCGGCGGUGCAGGUCUCCUGGCCCAGCCCCCACCUCUGGCUGCCCAUGCCACUGGGACUAGGACGUCGGAAAAAAGCACCACCUCUGGUGGAGAAUGAAGAGGCAGAGCCUGGCCGGAGUGGACUGGGAGCGGGGGGACCCGGGCCCCUGGGCGGAAGUGGAGCAGGGGAAUCCCAGAUGGGCUUGCCCCCACCUCCUGCUGCCCUCCGCCCUCGCCUCGUAUUCCACACCCAGCUGGCCCACGGUAGCCCCACAGGCCGCAUUGAGGGCUUCACCAAUGUCAAGGAGCUGUAUGGCAAGAUCGCUGAGGCCUUCCGACUACCAGCUGCUGAGGUGAUGUUCUGCACCCUCAACACCCAUAAAGUGGAUAUGGACAAGCUCCUGGGGGGCCAGAUCGGACUGGAGGACUUCAUCUUUGCCCACGUCAAGGGGCAGCGUAAAGAGGUGGAGGUGUUCAAGUCUGAGGAGGCACUGGGGCUCACCAUCACCGACAACGGGGCUGGCUAUGCCUUUAUUAAGCGCAUCAAGGAAGGCAGUGUGAUAGACCACAUCCAGCUCAUCAACGUGGGUGACAUGAUUGAAGCCAUCAACGGGCAGAGCCUGCUGGGCUGUCGGCACUAUGAAGUUGCCAGACUCCUCAAGGAGCUGCCCCGAGGCCGCACCUUCACCCUCAAACUCACAGAGCCUCGAAAAGCCUUUGAUAUGAUCAGCCAGCGUUCAGCGGGUGGCCACCCUGGCUCGGGCCCACAACUGGGUACUGGCCGAGGGACCCUCAGACUCCGAUCCCGGGGCCCUGCCACAGUGGAGGAUCUGCCAUCGGCCUUUGAGGAAAAGGCCAUUGAGAAGGUGGAUGACCUGCUAGAGAGCUACAUGGGGAUCAGAGACACAGAACUUGCUGCCACCAUGGUGGAGCUGGGAAAAGACAAAAGGAACCCGGAUGAGCUGGCAGAGGCUCUGGAUGAACAGCUCGGUGACUUUGCAUUCCCAGACGAAUUCGUCUUUGAUGUUUGGGGAGCCAUCGGGGAUGCCAAGGUUGGCCGCUACUAAGACUGGAAAUGAACCUGGACCUUGAAAUAACGUGGGCGUGGCCUGGCUGGGGCCUCCAGAAGGGGUGCCACAGCCACGACCUGAGCAUCCAGCUUAGGCACAUAAUGCAGCAGCCUGGGGAUGGCACGGGGUAGAAGGAGCCUGUGGCCCUGGCUCCACUUUAUCACCACGGUGCCCAGCCUGGUUAGGGUCCCCAGCCAACCCCUGCUGGGUUCCCCACCUACCUCAGUAGAGUAAGCGCAUGGGGAGGGACCAGCACUGGGCAGUCACCUCUGUCCCCAACACUUUCCACCCUCAGCUGGCAAACUGCCCCUCUGUCUCCCUGGACUUCAGUUCUGUUUGGGUCAUGACUUCCUUACUUUACUUUUUUGCUUUGUUUUUUCAAGACAAAAAUCUCACUAUGUAGCCCUGGCUGUCCUGGAACUCACUAUGUAGAUCAGGCUAGCCUCCAACUCACAGAGAUCUGCCUGCAUCUGCAUUGCCAGUGCUGGGAUUAAAGGUAUGCGCCACCACGCCUAACUCUCCCUACUUUCUUGACACCAGAAAUGUAGAAAGGAGGCACAGCGCCCCUAGUAGAGGCAAUAAAACUGUCACCUUUGGCAUCUCCCACUUGAGAGGAGUCCUCUAAGUUGGGUUCUGUUACCUCCCGUUGAGUGGACACUGCUAUGAACCCUGGUCCUUUUGCAUCUCCCUUAUCCAGUACCAGAGGAGGGGUGAGCAAGGCGGUGGCCCUGUACGCUCACUCUCUGGAUGUAGAGACUCCUCUGGGAGCUGUUUGGCUUUGGGAUAGGAGGGGUGGCCAGGGAAAGAAUGCAGCAGCUGAAAUCUAUCUCCUGGAUCCAAAUUGAAUUAGGAGUUGGCUGGCCCACUGCCCCCUCCCCCUGGCUCUAGGCCAUCUAGCUUCCAGGCAGUGGUGGACAUUCUGGCUUACUUGAGGUUCAGACCUGGCUCCCCACUCACCAAGGCCUCCCAUGCCCCUCUCGUACAAGGAGGCAGCAGUUAGUGCCUCUGUGUAGGCAGCAAGGCCUGCUGCCCUAUUGUGGUACCCUGGUUAAGGCUGGUUAUACUUUGGGCACAGGCAUCCAUGGCACAGUGCUUCACAGGGAUAUAAACCUGCCAAGCUUGUUUUGACAGUCCAUUUCAUCUUAGGAUUUAGGGAGAUCAAGGAAAGGGUGGGGUGGGACCCCGGCCAGACCUGGAGAGAAGGGAGGCAGUUAGAGCAAGGGAAGCCAGGCCAGAGGUCCCUCUCCAGCGCCCAGGAGGAAUGUUUGGGGGUGAGCGCAGCAGAGACUCGCUGCAGGAAGGCUGAGCAGGACUGGUCCCUGAUCCCAGGCAGGAGAUGAGUACUCUGGAUACCAGACAUUUAUGUGCAUGUGCCACUCUCAGGGUGACUUGCCAUCCCUGAUCACUGAGGUCGUUUUUCAGUACUGAUGGUGGAACCCAUGGCCUCAUACAUGCUAGGAAUGCAUCCUAUCCCUGAAUUAUGCCUCAAGUCCUGCAAUGGGGACUUGCAAGUCUGAUGGGAGCAGCUGGGAAUGUGUGGCUUUUUUGAGUGGAACUAUGAGUAGUGGAUGGUUGGUAACCACGUUGAACCAGGGUUGUGACCACUAUGGGUAAGCAUUGGGUCCUCUGAGUUUCAGAGAGCUGUGGGGUGUUGAGUGUGGUCCUGUAGCUGUGUACAUGGAUCUCAGGUGUAUCCAUAUUUUGGGGUCGGGGUAGACAGCUAGGUCUUAAAGAGUGGCUAGAGACAUGACCAUGUGGCUCAGGUGGGGCAAGGUCUGGGUGCCCAUGGCAUUGGUUUGUGGGGGACUAUCUCCAGGAAGUGUGCUCUAGGACUGUAACAGACUUACAAUGCCAAGUGAGAUUUACACCCUAUGCUAAGGUGUGCGCAAGCAUCAGUUUCAAGGGCUCUGUAUCUGGGAUAUUAAAGGAGUGGAUUUUAAAGUC